GGGCCAAAAAUAAUAAUAUUAUUGGCAAAAUGGGUAUGGCACUACAAUGGGUUCUGUUCCUGAUUUUUACUACAACUACUUGUGAAACAGCUAGCAAGCAUUUUGAAGUGGACUUGUCCGCCACAAACACUCACAAAAUUGCGUGCUCGGGAUACAGGCAGAACCCUUUCCUUUUGAACUGCUGCUAACGCACUUGGUUGGUUGUUGGAAAAAUAUUAUUAUAAUACCUGCAGGGAAUCGAAUCAGUUGAUUCUAUGCCACGUUGAGGCAAGUAGUUGAUCGACUCGAUCCCAGUGCAGAGGAUUCCUUCAUCCGUUGAUCUCCGGCAGAGUUCUCCUUGGCGUUGACUGGCGAACACAAGAUGCCAGCAGGACAGCUUGGUGUCGCUGGCACGAAGUGCACGGUGAUCGGUGGUGGUGGAUUCCUCGGACGUCACAUCGUGGAGGGUCUUCUAGAUGCAGGGUACGAUGUCAACGUCUUUGACAUCCGACGUACGUUCGAGGACGAGCGCAUAACAUUCUUCGAAGGCAAUCUCUGCAAGAGCGAGGAUUUGGCGCCGGCCCUCUCCGGCGUGGAUAUUGUGUUCCACUGCGCGUCGCCCCCGGCUGCCACCAACAAUAGAGCUCUCUUUCAGAAGGUGAACAUCGAGGGAACGAUAUGUGUGAUCAGGGCGUGUGUUGCAAAUUCAGUGAAACGUCUUGUACUGACCAGCAGCGCUAGUGUGGUGUACGAGGGCACGGACAUAGCCAACGGCACCGAGUCUCUGCCCUACGCACACAAACCUAUUGAUGCUUACACGGAGACGAAAAUUGAACAGGAAAAGAUUGUUCUUGCUGCAAAUAACAAAGAGAUGCUCGCCGACGGGUCUGGCUAUCUGCUAACAGCGGCUAUAAGGCCCCAUGGUAUAUUCGGCCCCAACGACCGUCAGCUCUUACCAACAUUGGUGGACAAGGCGCGGGCGGGCAAGAUGAAGUUCAUAAUCGGAAACGGUGAAAACCUUGUUGACUUCACACACGUACGGAACGUGGUGCACGGUCACAUCCUGGCGGCGCAGCAUCUACAAGAAGGCCACGAUGCCUGCGGCCAGGCGUUCAACAUCACCAACUGCGAGCCUGUCAAGUUCUGGUGGUUCAUCGGCGAGCUGCUGGACGGGCUCGGCUACUCGCGGCCCACGAUCAAGCUGCCGUAUCGGCUCAUCUACGUUGUCUCUCUCAUCAUGACGUUUGUCUGCUUCGUGCUGCGCUCGUGCCUCGGCGCGAAGGCCGAAGCAACGUUCACACCCAUGCAGGUAGCGCUUGCCGGCACGCACCACUACUAUAGCAGUGCCAAGGCACAGGCAUGCCUGGGUUACUCACCUGUGGUCAAUGUGGCGGAUGGCAUUCGCAGCACACUGGCGACAUUCCAGCAUCUACGCAGAAAAUAGCCGCCUACUAGUAGAUUGGAAACACUGUGAAACGUUCAGCCUUUUAAAAAGCCCAUUAUUAGAUGAGGCUGCCGGCUGGAAGUAAGGCGAGAGUUGUUCACAAGGAAUCUUGAGAGGAGUUUCAACUCAGAUAUGAUUCUAAAUCGGUAGUGUGCUAUUUUCUCUGGCUGUUCCAAUAUUUACUUGUGAAAACAGUCCCUUUCUGACUUCUCUUGUAUGGGUUAUAUAACCUACACCUAACACCGGCAGCUAUUAUUUUGUAAAAUAUUUAUUCUAAUGUGUUUGGUAUCCAUGAGCGCCAAUGGCGAUCAUUUUCCGCUUCCCAUUCGGUCAGAGAAAAAUGAUUAUUUUGAUUAUUGG